AUGGGCAGCAACUGCGCUUCCGGUGCAGCAGACAUAACCAUUGCCUCGAUACAGAGCAUCACCUCUGGCGACAGGUUGCGCAAGUUUGAUCCAUCACGCUACAAACUGGUGCUUGUCGACGAGGCACAUCACAUCGUCAGUCCAACCUACCUCGAUGUCUUGGAGCACUUUGGUCUGCGCCAUGCCUCGGACUGGAGCAGAGGCAAUGUGCCCGCUCUCGUCGGCGUGUCUGCAACCUUCUCUCGUUUCGACGGCAGAAAGCUGGGUGCUGUCAUCGACCACAUCGUUUACCAUCGCGACUAUGUGGACAUGAUCGAAGAGAAUUGGCUUUCCGAUGUCGUCUUCACUACAGUCGAGACCAAGGCUGACCUGACCAGAGUGGGCUCGAACGCGAAUGGCGAUUUUCAAGCAGCAGCUCUGUCCAAAGUCAUAAAUACAACAGAGACCAACGAGCUUGUUGUCAAAACCUGGUCAGCGAAGGCGAAAGCUCGCUGCUCAACGCUCAUCUUCUGCGUUGACUUGAGUCACGUCACAAACCUAACUCACAAGUUCCGGGAGUAUGGCAUCGAUGCGCAAUUCGUGACCGGCGACACACCGCCCAAAAUCCGCAGCGCCAGAAUAGACGCCUUCCGAAAUGGAGACUUCCCCGUGCUUCUCAACUGUGGAGUCUUCACCGAGGGCACUGACAUUCCAAACAUCGAUUGUGUGCUUCUCGCGCGCCCGACAAAAUCGCGCAACCUGCUUGUACAGAUGAUCGGACGAGGCAUGCGUUUGCACAAGGGCAAAGAGAAUUGUCACAUCAUCGACAUGGUUGCUGCACUAAGUACUGGCGUCGUGUCCACGCCGACGCUGUUCGGUCUCGAUCCUGGUGAGAUAGUAGAUGAAGCAGACACGAAGCGUAUGGCUGAAUUAAAAGAGAAAAAGGAGAGAAAGGAGACUGAGAAGCAGCACCAGCAGGAAACCACCGCACUGAAGCAACGGACUCUUUCAAGCAAGAUGCCCGGUACCAUCACCUUCACCGACUACGACUCUGUCCAUGACCUCAUCGCAGACACGUCUAGCGACCAGUACAUUCGCAGACUCAGUCAAUAUGCUUGGGUUGGUGCUGGCGAAGGCAACUUCGUACUCACCACCAACAGCGGCAACUACAUCAUGAUCGAGCCCUCUGGUACGGCGGAAGGUUGCUUCAAAGCCAAAUACUACCGGAGGUUGCCUCGAAGUGAGACGAUAAAGAGCCCCUAUGCUGCUCCCCGAGUGAUCGCUGAAGGCGAAUCUUUCGAACAUGUCGUCCAUGCUGCCGACACAUACGCCAAGGACGUCUUUGAGCAUAUCUGGAUUGCAAAAAAUAUGCCAUGGCGUAGGAGUCCUGCAUCACAAGCCCAAGUUGACUUCCUAAACAAGACACGACCCAAAGAGGACCAGCUGAAGCCGCAUGAUCUUACCAAAGGUAAAGCAGGCGACAUGAUCACAAGAAUCAAGCACGGGGUGAGAGGGCGAUACGCCAGAGCUUCUUCGAAGCAGCGCGUUGAGACUCGAACCAAGGUGCGCGCUCAAACGCUGCAAGAGAAGCUUCAGGGUCAGGUCCGUGUAGGACCUCUUUCACACAUCUGA